AUGUCAUUUCGUCAAUUUGCCGUUGCGGCUAUCCUAGCCCUAGGUCCUCUUGCCAAUGCGAAGAACUUGCAGUCGCCGGCAACAUCCCCAAUACCGGGGACAGAUACCGUCCACGGAUGUUAUAAAUCAUUAGGAACAUUGAAGCUUGAGCAAUCAAUCAAAUUCAACUCGCAGGGUGCAUGCACGACCCUAUGUCGCGACAAGGGUAGCCUCGUGGCUGCUACUAACACAGAAGACUGUUACUGCGGUGACGAAUAUCCUAACAAAGGCGACUUAGUUGACGAUGCUCAAUGCACCGAACCAUGUCCCGGUUUUGGCUCGCAAGCAUGCGGUGGUCUUGACACUUACACGGUUUACAACACCGGAAAGAGGGUAUCAGUUGGUGAGGCGCCGGCCUCUAGUUCAUCCUCUUCAACUCCAUCGAAGACUAGUACAAGCGUCGCAGAUGCUCCAGCCACCACUUCUGAUGCCACCGAGACCGUAACAGCCCCCACCGAGCCCGAGAAGGGUUCCGGAACUAAUGUCGCCGGUAUUGCAGCUGGCGUUGUGGUUGGUGUCGUUGCGAUAACUGCUUUUGGUGGUGCAGUUUUCUUCUGGUUGCGCCGAAAGAGAAACGCCGAGAUUGAAGAAGAACACCGACGGAAUGCUGCUGUUAACGCUUUCAUUAGUGGUGGAAAGCCUCCCAGCAGCAGCGGUGGUGUUUCAAUGACCGACUCUCGUCUCGACCCUGUUAUGAACCGACGAAUGAGCGACGGUAGCAUCGCUGACAACCAAGAUUACUCGCGAAGAAUUCUAAGGGUUACCAAUGCUUGA